CAGCCCAGGGCCAGCCCUGCCCCCGGCUCCUCAUGGAGGGGGACCUGGGGGCCCCCAAUGCCAGCGUGCUGGGGGAGCACUCCCUGCUCAUGGGCAGCAGCUGGGUGGCCGCCUUCCUCUGCUUCAUCAUCUUGCUGACCACAGCAGGAAACUUCCUCCUCAUCCUACUCAUCGUCACGCAGCGCUCCCUCCGCAACACCUCCAACUACUUCCUGGUGUCCCUCUUCAUGUCGGACCUGAUGGUGGGGCUGGUGGUGAUGCCCCCGGCCAUGCUCAACCAGCUCUACGGCCGCUGGGUGCUGCGGUGGGACUUCUGCUCCCUCUGGGCCUCCUUCGACGUCAUGUGCUGCAGCGCCUCCAUCCUCAACCUGUGCGUCAUCAGCCUGGACCGGUACCUGCUCAUCACGUCCCCGCUCCGCUACAAGCUGCGCAUGACGUCCUGCAGGGCGCUGGCGCUCAUCCUGGCCACCUGGAGCUUGGCCGCGCUGGCCUCCUUCCUGCCCAUCAAGAUGGGGUGGCACGAGCUGGAGUUCCAGGUGCGGCCCCUGAACGUCACCGGCCGCGGGGACGAGGACCAGUGCCGGCUGCUGGUCAGUCUGCCCUACGCCCUGGUGGCCUCCUGCCUCACCUUCUUCCUGCCGUCCGCCGCCAUCUCCUUCACCUACUGCCGCAUCCUGCUGGCGGCGCGCAAGCAGGCCGUGCAGGUGGCCUCCCUGGCCUCCAACGUGGCCACCACCGACGAGGCCACGCCACAGGUCCCACGCACCCCGAGCCAGCCCCUGGCCAGCAGCGAGAGCAGGAGGUUCACCAACAAGCACAGCAAGAAGGCUCUGAAGGCCAGCCUGACCCUGGGCAUCCUCCUGGGCAUGUUCUUUGUGGCCUGGCUGCCCUUCUUCGUCACCAAUGUAGCUCAGGCAGUUUGUGACUGUGUCCCGGCCGGAUUCUUCGAUGUGCUCACUUGGCUGGGCUACUGUAACAGCACCAUGAACCCCAUCAUCUACCCGCUCUUCAUGAGGGACUUCAAGAGGGCCAUGGGCAAAUUCCUGCCCUGCUGCCGGCGCUCGGCGGAGCCCCGGCCCAGCGCCAUCUCCCUGUCCAUGAGGAAUUCCAACAGCGGGCCCCGCGCUGCCACCUCCCUCAAGAACGUCCUGACCCUGCAGGCUGAGACCGACUCCAUCGACUCCGGGGCACCGGGCAGUGAGCCCAGGCUGCUCCCGGCGCCGCGGGGCCCCGGCGCCCGCUCCGGCAGCCUUUGGGACGCCGAGCCCCCGGACACGGAGCUGCAGCUCGGCACGCCCGUGGCCUGAGCGGGCGCACAUAGCUCGCUGUGACAGAAGGAUCCCCUCACAAACCCUCUGGGAGCUGAUUUGCCACAAGCCAUCUCCCCGGCUCCCUGUUCCAGCACACAGUGCAGCUCAUGGAAGGGAUGGUGGCCCCGGGCGCUACCACAAGGAGGAUCAAACCGUGCAGAGCCAGGUGUUGCUGCUGAAUUAACCAGCUUUGUCUCUCUCUCUUUCAUCCCUCCUGUGCUCACCACCACCACCGUCCCCUAACCCUUCCUCCGGCCUUCCCAUCUCUGGUGAGUCUGAACCUCGGAUUCCAGACUCUGUGUCUCACUAACCUCAAGCCAAGGCUUGGCUUUGCACACACAGAGCUCAGCAGAUCUUCUCCAAGUGCACUGAGGGGAGUGGUGGAAAAACAUCCUGUGGCUCAUGGGCAAGAGGUUUAGAGCUGCUUCAGCAGGAACACUGAGGUUUGGGGCUGCUUCAGCCCACGGAACAUCACAUCUUCCUGGAGCUGGGGCUGGAUCUCCUCCCUGGAGUCGUGUCUGUCUCAGGUUCCUGUCACAGUGCACUCCAGCUCAGCAGCACCGCCGUGCCUUGUCAUGUAGAGCUGCACUGCGGGGGCUGAAUUUGGUGCAGAGUGUCCAACACUGAUUUUUGGAUGUUCAGUGGGGGUGUGGGGUGCGACUCACGGUGGCUCCACGCGUGUCUCACAGUAGUAAUGGGAUCAGCUCCUCCCACAGGCUCCAUCCCACAGCUUCCCACUCCUGCACAUCCCAUCUCGCUUCCCUCCGACAAUUCAUCAUGUCCUCGAUGAUGCAGUUAGAAAAUACACUUCAGCUAAGAAUCUAAAGGAAAAUUGUAUUUUAAAUGACAAUGCCAGCCCCCUUCCCAGAGCCAUAAGCAGAGGGAACACUGAGUAAAUGUGACAAGUGGGCACUUCAAAAAAAUCAAUAAAAUAAAUUAUUUUAGUAAAGUCUUUCUCAAGUGCCUUUGGGCUGGCAGUUGGCUGCUGUGCCCUCCCUGGAUCCUUCACUCCAAGCCUUCUGCCUAAUUCCAAGACUGUUUUCCUGGAACUCCCUGAUACCCAAAUGGACACAGAGCAUCCCCUGGAUACAGCAUGCUGCCAGAAGCAGCCACACACCAGGCCACUUUCAGUUUUCUUUCCACAUUGCCCACAGCUCUUCCAGAACUGAACAGGAGUUUGUAUGACCAAGCCAGCAUUUCUUUGCCACAAAUCCCUUGGGAGCCAGGGAUGGGUGAGUGGGACACACUGAGGGCUGAGCACAGGCUCAAACCUCAAACUGUUCAGUGCAUUUUGCUGCAGAUGGAGCUUGGGGCUGGUGUUGAGCACCCAAAUCAAGAUGUGCAUCUUCCCCCAAUGGCUUUGUAUAAAUACAAGUUUGGACAACAACCCAGGUUAAAAAGGAGCAGAAAAAGAUACUGUGGAGUCUGGAAGUUUGUUAGGUAUCAAAUCAGCCUCUGGAGAUGGACAGAGAGAGAGGGAGAGUCACCUCUUCAAGCCAGAUGUUCAAAAGCAAUAAUUCCUUCCUGUCUCAUGCAGGCAGUUCUGUGUAAGUAGGUGUUUGCUUGUGGACAAACCCUUGGAUGAGCAGAGGAAUCCCAUCCCAACCCUGCAGCCAAUGGCACCACCAGCAGCUGGCUGAACAGCCCCAUCCCUGUGGGAUCCCACAGUCAGUCCCUGUGGUCUCUGCAGUGAGGCACCCCUCCAGGUCAGAGCUGGGCAGCUCUGAGCCCCUGGGAUGCUGGAUUUAGGGAGAGCAAUUGCCAGGCACUGCAUCCAAACCACGGUGCUUUGCUGGGUCACAGCAUCACCCCCAAAGCCAGCUGUGUCUGACUCCAUGAGGAAUGAUCUGCAGGUAAGGUUUGCAGGAAGCUGGGAAUGGGAGGGGGGAUUAACAUGGCUGUUGGCUCAGUGGGGAGGAGGAGGGGGAGAACCCUGUGUGAACAAAAUUGGGAAGGUAUUUUCCCUCAGUAUUUUCCCUCUCAUAAGUCAACAGGACCCCCCAGAUGGAGGUGGGAGAGUUUGAACACUCCCUUGUGGCAAAGCAUAAAACCCCAGAGGGGAUUACCCUCCUGCCACACUCCUGACUGGUGCACUUGCCUGGGCUCAGCAGCAAAAC